CAACUCGCGCUAGACUGCAGAGAAUCAGUUCUAGGGGACAGGGCUGCAUACAAACGCUGGAUCCUCGACAAUUCGGGUAUAAACUUAAUUUGACUGAUUCAACUCUCGUUUACCUGUUCCUCUCCUCAGUUCGUGCAAGGGUUUACUUUAUUUUGUAGUUGUAAUACUAGCGAGUGGAAGCGAGCUGCAUUUAGCUGCAUUGUCUCUCUGCAUAGACCUGCUUCACUCUCCAUCCAGUCAAAAAGUGCGAUAAAAUAAAAAAUAAAAAACAUUGUUAAGGUAGUGUAUUGGUAAGUGUUUGAACUUUAGCUGAUUAUAUAUCUAGUUAGUCUCUCAUAACUGCUGCAGCGGUUGAUUAGGCUAUUGUAUUGUAGUGUGUUUUGCCUUCAUGCUUUAUAGUGAUGCAGUUUCAGCAGGCUAAAGAAACAUGACGUUUCUUAGUUUAAAUCUUUGCUGGGGCAUGCUCUUUUGAUGCGCAAUAUACAUCCAUUUGCAAUUGGCGAUUCUAUUUGACCUAAGUAUCCUCCUCAAACCAAGAUAAACAGUUUUGUGGACAGAAGCCUAAGUGCACAAUGAGGUCCCUCCACGACUUUUUCAAUUGCACUUAAAAAGAAGAGGGAGAGAGAGGGCGAGAGAGAGGCUGCAGGAAGCGACGCCUGCCAACCCUCAGGGGUUCCUACAUCAAACAGACUCUCGCGUCAUCUUAGCAUUUGAAACGGAGACGACUCUUGAUAGGUUGAUAGAAUACAUUGACAUAGAAGUCUUUCUCGCUAACCUAAAGCAAGAUGAAGAAGUUUCGAAAGGUACUGGACGGCCUGUCAUCCUCCUCCCCGGGGGGUGUCGCGUCCCCCUCGUGCGGCAGUGCAGCUGGUACCCCGACCGCUCAUGCGCCCACUCCCCAGGAUAUCCAUGUCCAGGAGACGCUAGUCUCGGAAAACUUUCAGAUAUGCAAGACGGUACGCCAUGGCUUCCCGUACCAGCCCACCUGCCUGGCCUUUGAUCCCGUCCAGAAGAUCCUGGCCAUCGGCUCCAGAACAGGAGGCAUUCGGAUCCUGGGACGGCCUGGUGUGGACUGCUAUAGCCAGCAUGAAAGUGGAGCCGCUGUCCUCCAGCUACAGUUCCUCAUCAACGAGGGGGCGCUGGUUACGGCAUGUGCAGAUGACACGCUACACCUGUGGAACCUUCGCCAGAGACGCCCAGCCAUCCUGCACUCGCUUAAAUUCAACAGGGAGAGGAUCACUUUUUGCCACCUCCCCUUCCAGAGUAAAUGGCUGUACGUGGGCACAGAGCGUGGCAAUACACACAUCGUCAACAUCGAGUCCUUCGUUCUGUCUGGAUACGUCAUCAUGUGGAACAAGGCCAUAGAAUUAGCAACUAAAGCACAUCCAGGGCCCGUGGUCCAUCUGAGUGACAGCCCGAAGGAUGAAGGCAAGUUGCUGAUAGGGUUUGAGAGUGGAACAGUGGUCCAAUGGGACCUCCGAGCCAAGAAGGUUGACUUCAGAAUCUACUACGAUGAGGCUAUCCAUUCUGUGAGCUGGCAUCACGAGGGGAAGCAGUUCAUGUGCAGCCACUCAGAUGGCAGCCUGACUAUGUGGAACCUGAGAAACACAGCCAGGCCCAUUCAGAUCACCUACCCUCACGGGAAGAUACUGAAGGACGGGAGGAAAGAGUCGUGUAAGCCCAUCCUCAAGGUGGAAUACAAGACCUCCAGGAACAGCAGUGAGCCCUAUGUCAUCUUCUCUGGGGGUCUGUCAUAUGACAAGUCCGGUGGAAGGAGGCCCACCCUGACCAUCAUGCACGGCAAGGCCAUCACAGUGCUGGAGAUGGACCACCCUAUCGUAGAGUUCCUAGUACUCUGUGACACCCCAUACUCCAACGAGGUCCAGGAUCCUUAUGCGGUGGUUGUGCUUUUAGAAAAGGACUUCAUCGUGGUGGAUCUGACACAGAGCAACUUCCCCAUCUUUGAGAACCCCUACCCAAUGGACAUCCACGAGUCUCCUGUCACCUGUACGGCUUACUUCGCUGAGUGCCCUCCUGACAUCAUCCCCAUCCUCUACUCCAUAGGGGCCAAGCAGAAGAAGACUGGCUACAGCCACAAGGAGUGGCCAGUGAGCGGUGGCACAUGGACACUAGGCUCACAAACCUACCCAGAGAUCAUCGUCACAGGACAUGCAGACGGAACCGUAAAGUUUUGGGACGCCUCUGCUAUUACACUGCAGAUGCUGUACAAGCUGAAGACGUCUAAGGUGUUUGAGAAGCCCAAGGCGGGAGAGGGUCGGGCGGGCGAGCUGGUAGAGGAAGACCCCUACGCCGUUCAGAUGGUCAGCUGGUGCCCACAUAGCCGUCUCUUCUGUGUGGUGGGCAUUUCUGCCCACGUCAUCCUCUACCGGUUCAGCAAACACGACGCCAACACGCAGAUAGUGUCACUAGAGGUGCGCCUGCAGUUUGAUUCAGAGGACGUCAUCUCCCCGUCAGAGGCAGAGAACAACCCGUGUUUCUCGGACCCCAGUUCCCACUCCCCCCAGCCGCCCGGUAGCCCUGGCAGUGGCACACAGGACAGCCUCCCCUGCCUCAAGGUGAAGAGUCGCCCAGUGCGGAUGCCCCCGGGGUACCAGGCUGAGAUGGUGGUGCAGCUGCAGUGGGUGGAUGGAGAGCCCCCCCAGCAGAUCACCAGCCUGGACAUCAACUCUGCCUACGGCCUCCUAGCGUUUGGGAACUGUAAUGGUCUAACGGUGGUGGACUUCCUUCAGAAGACGAUCCUGAUGUGUAUGGGCACACUGGACCUGUACGGAGCUGCAGACCCCUACCAACGACUCACACGCUCCCCACGCAAGAACAGACAGUCCACCUCAGACUUUUGCAUGCGUGGUCUGUCUCACUUUUAUUCAGAUUCAAAGAAAAGGAUCCGUACGUCCUAUCAGAGCCUUACAGAACUCUCCGAUAACCAGGUAUCCAUGGACAUGGAGAGAAGCAAGUCACCCACCUCAGUUCCCUACCCAAGCUCCCUUCACUAUGACCCUCGCUCCAUGCCUGAGCCUGUGGCCAGUCUGAGAGCCAGCCACUGCAGUCCAGUCUUUUACUUACUGGACAAUGUAAAGGGACCCGGCAGAAAGUUAAGUCUGCCAACAGAUCUUAAGACUGAUCUUGAUCAUGUCAAUGGACAUUGCACUAGUCCCACCUCCCAGCCCUGCUCCGUGGGGAAGCCUCGCAUCACAGGGGUUCCCGAGGGCCCGCGGCUCACCCGGAGAGGGCCUGGCCGACCGCCCUUCCGCAAGGCCCAGUCCGCCGCUUGCAUGGAGAUCUCUUUGCCUGUUUCCUCCCACACAGAAGGUGGCCAUGCGUCCAGGAGGGCAAUGCUUCAGCAGUUGCAUGGAGUCAGUAUGUACUCCCACGACGAGCACCACACCACCUCCUACAACUGGAGCGAGAGAGAAAGUAGAGAGAACUCAUUCAGUCGCUCGCGGAGCUCCAGUGUGUCCAGCAUUGAUCGCGACACCAAGGAGUCAGUGACCACGCUGCAGUUCGGAGAGUCCUACGGCCGUAAGGGCGAUGCUCUGCCUACCGCCUGCCUGUGGGUGGGCACCAGCCUGGGCGUGGUCCUGCUCCUGCCCAUAUCCAUCCCCACAGAAGAGGAGGAGAGGAUGGAGGAGCCCAUCACCAUGGGGCCCAGUGGUACCGUCCUGAUGCUAAAAGGCUCUGUGUUGCGAUUUGCCUUCCUGGACUGUGGGGGCGCUCUCAUUCAGAGUCCCUACGAGGUGUGGCGGGACCCCAACGGUCCCGAGGACCCCGACCGGCCCCGCAGGCGCAAGCUGAUCAACUUCUCCCCGUCAUCAUCCCAGGAGGCGUGCGGUGACGGUCACCUGGCCGUUGUGUGCUCUGAGAAGCAGGCCAAGGUCAUCCUCAUGCCCACCCAGGCUGUCCUGUUCACCCACAACAUCACCGAGUCCUCCUUCCUCCUGCGGGCUGACGUUGUCUCCGUCUGCAACAGCGUCUGCCUGGCCUGCUUCUGCGCCAACGGACACAUCAUGACCCUAAGUUUGCCCAGUCUAAGACCCCUGAUGGAUAUCAACUACCUUCCCCUGACCGACUUGCGUAUCGCCCGGACCUUUGUCUUCACUAACGGAGGCCAGGCCCUGUAUCUGAGCUCUCCUACAGAGAUACAGCGUCUCACAUACAGCCAGGAGAUGACGGACAACCUACAGGACAUGCUGGGGGAGCUGUUCACUCCUAUAGAAACACCAGAGGCCCAGAACAAAGGAUUCCUCAAGGGCUUCUUUGGGGGCAACGCCCAGACCUUCGACAGAGAGGAGCUGUUUGGGGAGGCAGCAGCGGGAAAGGCCUCUCGGAGUUUGGCCCAGCACAUCCCUGGUCCAAUGGGAUUGGAGAACAUGAAGGCUGCAGCCGGCGGCGUCGUGGGGGACCUGGCCCGAGCCCGCAUCGCCCUGGACCAGAGAGGAGAGAGACUGGGCGAGCUGGAGGAACGCACCGCCCUUAUGAUGAACAGCGCCGAGACCUUCUCCACACACGCCCACCAGGUGAUGCUGAAACAUAAGGACAAGAAAUGGUAUCAGCUUUAAAGGGAGGACAGCGGGCUGUGACUGCCCCUCCACCUGGUGGGGGGGGGGGCACUAUGCUGGGACAUGGACCUUUACUCGACGGACAUGAGAG